AUGCAGUUCUCCGAGGAAGAAGCUGCUGAGGUGAAGAAGUGGGUGGUUAAGAAACUCGAAGAUAUUCUAGAUACCGCCAGCUUUGUCGACGAGCUUUUCGAUACCUUUGCCCCCAAGACCACGGCCGCUCCUCCCGUGGCACCGCAACCGCAACUGCAACUGGGCCAAUCCCUCUCGCACGCGCCCCAGCAGUCUCUGGGAUUCAACCCGUCUUCAGGACCGGCAGGUGGACCACGCAGCGGACCGGAGAAUGGCGCGGGGAUGAACCGCAAGCGGACCUUCCAGGAGGGAUUCCAGGCGGACCAGGAGCGCGAUGACACAAGCUAUACCAACCGGACGUUUAAGACCCCUCGACGCGGCCGCGGGGGUGGCCGCGGAGACUGGCCUGGUCGAGACGGUCGCCCGGCAGCAGGAAUGCCUCCCGGUGCGGCGGGUCAAUUCCCUGGUCCGGCGGCGGCGGCGGCGGGCGGAUUCCCUGUGAUGCCCCCUGGGUUCCCCCCGUUCGACCAGAACGAUCCGAUGGCGGCGAUGAUGGCGCUUCAGAGUAUGGGGUUCCCUCAGAUGCCUGGGAUGCCGCCCCUGCCCAUGCCGCCCGCGGCUGGCGGCCCGCCACUGCCCGACCAGAUGACAGGGAAGAGCUCACAGCGCUGUCCAUUCUACGAGACGCAGGGCAUCUGCUACCUGGGCGCAGCGUGCCCGUAUACCCACGAACAAACGGGGGACCACGAGUACGACCCAAAAUCCUCGAGUAUCGUGAUGGACGGACGCCGGAAUCAGGACGGCGGAUACCGAGGCGGGCGCGGGCGCGGGCGAGGGGGAGGCGAUCGCGGCGGGUUUGCGGCCUCGUCGCGCGGCCGGGGCGGCGGGCGUUCUGAUUACUCGGCGGCGGGCCCGAACGAGGACCGCUCGAUCACGACCAUUGUCGUCGAGCAGAUCCCCGAGGACAAAUUCGACGAGGGGAGCGUGCGCGAGUUCUUCUCCCAGUACGGCGACAUUGUCGACAUCACGCUGCAGCCGCCCCGACGGCUAGCCCUAGUCAAGUACGACAGCUACGACGCCGCGAAGCGCGCGUGGUCUAGCCCCAAGGUGAUCUUCGACAACCGCUUCGUCAAGGUAUACUGGCACAAACCGAGCCACGGGCGGUCCGAGAGGCCAGACGGCGGGCCUGCUGCCGAGGACCCAGCGUUCGAUCCGGAACAGUUCCAGCGGCAGCAGGAUGAGGCCCAGCGGGCCCACGAAGAGAAACUCAAGAAACGCAAGGAGACCGAGGCCGCCAAGCUGGCCCUGGAGAGACAGCGCGAGGAGCUCUUCAAGAAACAGCAGGAGGAGAAGGCCCGGCUCAUGCAGCGGCUCUCCGGGAAGAACCUCGGUGCCAGCAGCAACGGCACCACCCCGGACGUCCCCGGAGAUAUGGACACCGCGCCCGAUGAUGGUGAGCCGAUGACCGGCGGCGACGCCGCGGACGAGAAUGUAAGCGAGCAGACGAAGCAGCUCCGCGCCCAGCUGGCCGCCCUGGAAGCCGAAGCCAAGAGCCUAGGCAUCGACCCGGAGAACGGCGGCGAGCCCGGCGCUGGCUCGACCUAUCGCGGCCGGGGCAGUAGAGGCGCGUACGCCGGUAGCUACCGCGCCCGAGGGUCCUUUGUCCCUCGCGGUCGCGGCGGGUACGACCCUUCUUCUUCUUCUUCUUCAUAUCGCGGUCGUGGGCGUGGCGGCAUCACCCCUCGUGGGCGUGGCGGUGUGCUCCGGCUGGAUAAUCGGCCUCGACGGGUGGCCGUGUCGGGCGUCCAGUUUGAUUCGGACAAGGAUGAAGCCUUGCGCCAGUACUUGAUUGGCAUCGGCGAAUACGAAUCCAUCGAGCAGAACCCUAACCAGCCAGACUCGCUGAUCGUCGCCUUCAAGGAACGCUAUCUCGCCGAGAAGUUCAUGUUCAGUCCCUGGGCUAUUCCCUCUGUGGGCGAAGUGCAGUUGUCCUGGGUGGCUAACCCGCCCAUCGCGUUUCCGGCGACAACCCAAGCCGGGGUCCCGGAGAAGAACGCGGGAGAUGAAGAGAUGGAUUCCGCGAUGGACUCGAUGCAGUCGGACGCGAUGAAAAAGGACGGCGCCGCGGCCAACGAGGUCGACUAUGAUGUUGCCGAGGACGAGGAUAAUUGGGGUUAA